AUGAAACGGGCAUUCUUGGUCGUCGCAGUCUUGAUCAGUUGCCUACUAGUCGCCGACCACGUGGUGGCGCGCGGUGGUCGAGGCGGCGGUGGGCGCGGAGGCGGCGGUGGCGGAUUCAGCCGUGGCGGCGGAGGUGGCUACAGCCGCGGCGGGUUCAGUGGAGGGGGCUACUCCCGACCGCCCGCCAGCCGGACCCCGUCGGUGAGCCGUCCCGUAUCGCGUCCGUCUACGCCUUCGGCGUCCCGUCCGAGCGUUUCGCGUCCCAGCACCCGCCCCCCCUCCGCGACGACCCGCCCCAGUGGCCCCCGGCCAGGCGGAUCGACUCCCGGCGCUCGGCCUGGCGGUGGCGCUCGUCCCGGUGGCGGCACGCGCCCGGGGACGGGAGCGGGGGGCCGCCCGUCGACGUCGGACCUGCAGAACUUCCUAGAUCUGAAGCCGUCCACCGGCGCACGGCCCGGUACCCAACCCUCGACCCGCCCCGGUGGCGGCCGCGGCAGUUUCGCGGGGGGCGCCGCCGCGGGCUUGGCGGGGAGCGCCGCGGCAGACUUCCUGCGUGACACGAGCGCUCGCCCCGGCACGCUGCCGGCUGAGCGUCCCGGAGCGGGCGACCGACCCGGCGGCGGCGACCGGCCUGGACCAGGCAACCGGCCUGGACCAGGCAACCGACCGGGCGCAGGCGACCGACCUGGAGCUGGUGACCGGCCUGGCCGCGGCGAGCGUCCCGUCCACCCCGACCGUCCGCUGGCGAGCAGCCGGCCCGACCGCAUCGAGAACCGCGGCCAGCGCCAGGAGAUCCGCCAGGAGCGGCGCGACGAAAUCCGUGAUCACGUGCACGAUCACCCGAUCCGCGAUUUCUGGUCCGACCACCCGCUGUGGGGCGCUUGGGCCAUCACGCGGCCCUACCGCUGGGCGGCGUGGGGCGGCGUCGCCGGUUGGGUCGACUACGGCUGGUCCAACCCCGUCUACUACAACUACGGCGAGAACGUCUACUACGAGGACGGCUCCGUCUGCUAUGACGGCGAGCCGGUCGCCACCGAGGCCGAGUACAUCGAGCAGGCGGAGCAGAUCGCCUCGCGCGCCGACGACGUCGAGGUCGACGAGGGCGAUUGGAUGCCGCUCGGCGUGUUCGCCGUCACCCAGGACGGCCAGAAAGACGGCCCCGACCCGACGCUGUUCCUGCAGCUGGUGAUCAGCAAGGAGGGCGUUAUCUCCGGCACGCUCAACGACACCAAGACCGACACCACCCAGACCAUCGAAGGCAUGGUUGACAAGGGGUCGCAGCGGUCGGCGUGGAACGUUGUGGGCAAGGACCGGCCGAUCAUGGAGACCGGCAUCUACAACCUCACGCAGGACACGGCGCCGGUGCUGGUUCACUUCGCCGACGGAUCGACGCAGCAGUGGCUGCUUGUGCGGCUCGAUGAUCCAGACGUCUUCUGGGUCGAGUUGGCGGUGACUGUUUUUCUGGCCACUCGCCGGCAAGUUGCGGACCAUGGCACUGGUGUCGACGGUCCACACUUUGCUGCGCAGGGUCCCGGCCAAGUGAGCUACCGACGCGUUGAACCCGCAGUGACCCCGGACGAGCAGCAGUACGACGAGCAGCCCACGCGGGAAACGGACGUAACGGCCAAAGGCGAGACAACGUCGCUUCCGGACAGCGCGGACGACACCUCCCCCACCGCGGGCGAUAGCCCGUCGCCACAGGGCCGCGUGGGCACGACGCUCGGCAAGUACAAGAUCACCGGCGUCCUGGGCCAGGGCGGCAUGGGGGUGGUCUUCCGCGCCUACGACCCGGCGAUCGACCGCGAGGUGGCGAUCAAGCUGCUGCCCGAGCAGCUGGCCAACAACGAGACCGUGCUCAACCGUUUCCGCGCGGAGGUGCGUUCGGCCGGCAGGCUGAGCCACGCGAACGUCGCCGCGAUUUACGACGUCGGCGAGGAGGGCCGGGCGCACUACAUCGUGAUGGAACUGAUUGGGGGAGGGAGCGUCUCGGACGAGCUGCAGCGGCACGGCGCGCUGCCCGUGCUCGACGCCACCCGCAUUGCCAUCGACGCCUGCCAGGGCCUAGCGGCCGCCCACGCCGCCGGCCUGAUCCACCGCGACGUCAAGCCGGCCAACCUGCUGAGGGCGGCCGACGGCGCCGUCAAGCUGACCGACUUUGGCAUCGCCAAGGUCUCGUCGCUCGAUUCGUCCGACUCGCCCCACCUGACUCGCACCGGCACCGUCGUGGGCACGCCCCACUUCAUGAGCCCCGAACAGUGCCAGGCGGAGCCCGUCGACGCCCGCAGCGACAUCUACUCACUCGGCGCCACCUACUACUGUGCUCUGACCGGACGCCAGCCCUACCAAGACUGCGACAGCGUCAUGCAGGUGCUGUUCGCCCACUGCAAGAAGAGCAUCCCCGACCCACGCGAGACCAACCCCGAGGUCCCGGUCGCGUGCUCCGAGAUCAUCGCCCGCGCGAUGGCCAAGGACCCCUCCGACCGCUACCAGACCGCCGAGGCGAUGUUGGCCGACCUGCAGGCGGUCGCCUCCACCCUGUCGGGCGAGACUCGGAUCGAGCUCCCGAGCCAGUCGGGGACGGCCCACCCGGCGGUCUCGUCAACGGAGUCCGGGCCCACACGCAGACGGUUCGUCGCCGUCGGCGCCGGCGUCGCGAUUGCCUGCCUGGCGGCGGCGGUGGCCGGGUCCAGGAUGGGGCGUGACCCCGCGUCGGGGUCGUCGGCGAUCGCCGCGGCGCAGGGCGAUCCCAUCGACGUGGGGGUGCUGCAGUCGCUCAGCGGCGCCAUGUCGGUGAGCGGCGCUAGCGUCACCAACGCGACGCUGCUGGCAAUCGAUGAGAUCAACGAGCAGGGUGGGCUCCUGGGGCGGCCGGUGAACCCGAUUGUCGCGGACGGCCGUUCUGACUCGGACGUCUUUCAGCGCGAGGCGGAGCGUCUCAUCAAUGACGAUCAGGUCUGCGUCGUGUUCGGCUGCUGGACGUCCGCCAGCCGCAAGUCGGUGAAGCCAAUUUUUGAGCAGCACGAUCACCUGCUGGUCUACCCGGUCUGGUACGAAGGGAUGGAGACCUCCCCCAAUAUCGUGUACCUGGGGGCCGCCCCCAAUCAGCAGAUCAUCCCCGCGGUCACCUGGGCCCGUGAGAACCUGGGCAAGAAGCGGUUCUUCCUGGUCGGCUCUGACUAUGUAUUCCCGCGCGCCGCCGCUGAGAUCAUCAAGAGUCAGUUGCAAGAAACGGACGCGUCAAUCGUUGACGAGCGCUUCCACCCGGUCGGAAGCUCGGACUUCCAAUCGACGGUGCAGGCCAUCCAGGCCGCCAAGCCGGACAUGGUACUCAACCUGCUCGCCGGCGACGCCAACACUGCCUUCUUCCGGACCUUAAGGGAGGCGGGCGUCAGCACCGGCCAGACCCCGUGCCUGUCGUUCAACGUGGGCGAGCAGGAGCUCCGCACCCUCAACGCCGCCGACGUGGUGGGGGACUAUGCGGCGAUGACGUACUUCCAAUCGCUGGACACGGAGGCCAGCCGAGCCCUCGUCGAUCGCUUCUCCAAGAAGUACCCUCAGCGCGUUGUCUCCGACCCCAUGGAGGCGGCCUACAUCGGGGUGCACCUGUGGGCCCAGGCCGUGCGCGAGGCGGGCAGCGUCGAACCAAAGGCCGUGCGGCGUGCGAUGCUCAACCAACGCCUCGCCGCGCCCGAAGGAGAAGUCCGCAUCGACCCGGACACGCAGCACUGCUUCAAGACGCCGCGGGUCGGGCAGAUCCAGGCCGACGGGCAGUUCCGCAUCGUCUGGACCGCUCCCGCUCCAAUCGCCCCAGAACCCUACCCGCCCGGCCGCACCGCCGAAGACUGGAAGGCCUUCCUCCACGACCUCUACUCGGGGUGGGGGAACCAGUGGGCCGCGCCCCGAUCUCACUGA